AUGGGCCGAGCCUAUGUGAAGUUUCAUGAGUAUCAGGAAGCAUUGCCAUUCCUCUCUGCAGCCCUAUCAUCAUCGAAGAAGCUGUUCGGACAAAACAAGGUCAACGAACCGCAUAAGCUCUACUAUAUGGCUAUAGCAUAUACGGGAGUUGGGCAGCACAUGGAAGCGCUAGAAGCCCUUCAUAAGGCCUUAGGAGGCCUGGAGAAACGCGAUGCAGAAGAGCAUAGAAAUACUAUACUCGUCCGACGUGCAAUCGGUAUUGUACAUAUAAGUCGUGGGAAGUAUAAAGAAGAACUUCUAUUCCUUUCAAAAGCUUUGCCAGGACUGCAGAAAUUUCUGGAGGAAGAGGAUAAGAAUAUCCUAUCAACACUUCAGUGGAUGGGCAUUGCCUACAUGCACGAGCGGCAAUAUAGGGAAGCGUUGGAUUCCCUUUCUAGAGCUCUACCAGGCCUACAGACGGUCUAUGGACCAGACCAUCCUUACACCCUACGCUCAAUCAGCCUCAUAGAAGAUGCCAGUGGCCGGGUACACAUCCCAUGCAGAGCAGAACAGAGGUAG